AUGGCAGAGAACGUACCACCCGGCAGCUCUGCCACAGCAGCGGCCACUUCCGAUCAGCCAGGCCGACCAUACUACGAGUCCCUCCGCGCCACGCUCCGCCAAACACUCGAGAAGAAGCGCAAGCUUGACGAGAGCUUGGCCGGCAUCGAGGAUCAGAUCUUCAAAGCCGAAGGCGCGUAUUUGGAGGAGACGGCAAACUCGGGUAACAUUGUGCGCGGCUUUGAUGGAUGGGUCAAGGGUGUGCAAGUCGGCGGCGGUAGAGGCGCCGAUGAUAGGCGGAGAGGGAGGGUGAGGGAGGAGGAUAGAGUAUUUAGUCGUAGUUCUGUGAGCUGGAUGAGGGCACAAGAAGGCCCCGAUUCCGGCACGCCAUCGCAUGCGGCCACACCAACAGCGUCUCUUGCGCCGUCGCUGUCUACGCGUGCGAACGAUGCCGCAUCCUCAGCAAGCGCGACUGUGAAGGCGCCGAACAAGAAGAAGCGGCCCACGGAGAAGGACGAAGAAGAUGAGACCAAGUCUGCGAAGCGUGGCAAGAUCACGUAUGCGCGCAAUUAA